UUGAGCUUAGCGCCUGAGGCGUUGGACUACAACUCCCACAAUUCCUCCCUCUAACAUUAUAUUGAAGGGAAUGCUGGGAAUGGUAGUUCAGAAAUAACAACAACAACAAUAAUACAGUAUAUGGAGGAUGUAACUCUCCCCCCCAAGCUUUUGUACUGUCGAAUAUUUUUGGGAAAGUUACUUUUUUGGACUACAUCUCCCACAAUCCCUUCAGAUUAUGCCUUCCACGAAAUGCGGAAGAAGUUUCUCCAGUCGGUGCUUUUCCUUGCAUUUUUGGAGAAUUAAAAUAAAUGGAGCCCAAAUGUGGGAAAACGGACCGUGAAAGCCAAGAAAAGGGCUCCUCUCCUCUGCUUCUGAAGACUUGUGCAGUGAGAUCCUAUGAACCUUCCCUUAUUGUUGCAUGUUCUCUUGCGCACGGCUCCCAUCUGUUCUCCGCAUUCCCUUCCAAGGAGGCAUAAAAAGAGUUUGUGCUGACACACCUCUCGGGAUGCAGGUAAAAAAGAAGAUCUUGGCUCAGGCAGAAGCCAGAGGAGCGUUACUCCAGGGCUCAGGGGCUCUGAGAUUUUGGCAGACUGCUGGCUGAACCGGCUAAGACACAUGAAGGUCAAAAGACUGGCCGGAGGUCAUCCGUUGAGCCGUGUAUCUCUGCCAGGAUGGCCGCCAAGCCUUCCUCCUGCUUUUCCUGUGUCUUGUUCCACUCGCGUCUUCUUGUGCCAAGAGAAGAGCACCACCCUGGAUUCCUUCCUAGGACAUAAUGAAGACAGAUGGUUUACCUGGCAACGCUGAUUCUUGCCUUCUGUCUGAGGGCAAGCGGAUCAGAAGAGAGGAGGGGGAAUCGAAAGAGGGUUCACCCAGCCCACAGUUGGUUUCUGAGCUCCAGAGAAGAUGAAGCCCAGGAGCAGCGCCCAGGAAAAAAGGGAAAGGUGAAGUCUUUGCUGGAGCAGCUUCGGCGGAUGAGGAGAGGAUGGAGAUCCCGGCAGCGGCAUAGAACAGCAAAUCUUCUAAGGAACAUCUAAAACUGAGACAGCUUCCUCCUGUCAAUGAAGUCUCCAAACUUCACCGAUUCAUAGCUGCAAAGGAGUUACAACACACUGAGAAAUAGCAAUGAUGUUCUGUCUCCUUCUGUGGUGGAACCUCAAAGUCCUGGCCCUUUCUCUCCUGCUGAAAGCCACCAACUCCUUAAACCCAGACGACCCGAAUGUUUGCAGCCACUGGGAAAGCUACGCCGUGACUGUUCAGGAAUCGUAUGCCCAUCCUUUUGAUCAGAUCUAUUACACAAGAUGCACCGAUAUCCUGAACUGGUUCAAGUGCACUCGACACAGAAUAAGUUAUAAAACGGCGUACCGGAGGGGGCUGAGGACGAUGUAUCGGCGACGGUCACAGUGCUGUCCGGGAUAUUAUGAGAGCGGAGACUUCUGCAUCCCUCUCUGCACUGAAGAAUGUGUCCACGGAAGAUGUGUUUCUCCUGACACCUGUCACUGUGAACCAGGAUGGGGAGGUCCAGAUUGUUCCAGUGGAAGGGCCAUCUCUGAAGGGCCGGUCGCACACACGGCGUCACCAGCCGGGAGUAGCAGAAACCGCACCUUCAACAGCUGUGACAGUGAGCACUGGGGACCGCACUGCAGUAACCGUUGCCAGUGUCAGAACGAAGCUCUUUGCAACCCCAUCACAGGCGCCUGUGUCUGUGCCAUUGGAUAUAAAGGAUGGCGCUGCGAGGAUUUGUGCGACCCCGGAAGCUACGGGAAAGCCUGCCAGCUGAAGUGCCAAUGUCACAACGGGGCCACCUGUGACCAUAAGACUGGAGAGUGUCACUGCGCUCCUGGAUACACAGGCGUGUUUUGUGAAGAGCGUUGUCCUCCAGGCAGCCACGGCCCUCAGUGUGAACAGCGGUGCCCGUGCCAAAAUGGGGGGACUUGUCACCACAUCACGGGAGAAUGCGCCUGCCCUCCAGGAUGGAUGGGCUCUGUGUGUGCCCAGCCGUGCCCAUCAGGAACGUACGGUGUCAACUGCAGCCAGGAUUGCCCAUGCCACAACGGUGGGCAGUGUGACCAUGUAACAGGGGUAUGCCUCUGUACAGCAGGAUACAUAGGAGACAGGUGCCAAGAGGAGUGUCCGGUGGGCACCUUUGGCUUCCAGUGCUUGCAGAAAUGUGACUGUGAGAACCGGGCCAAGUGCUACCACAUCAAUGGGGCGUGCAUGUGUGAUCCGGGCUUUAAAGGAAUUCAUUGCCAGGAGCGAAUGUGUCCUGAGGGAUAUUACGGCCUCAAAUGCAACAAAAGGUGUCCUUGCCACACUCCAAACACGGUCAGCUGCCAUCCUUUGUCUGGGGAAUGCAACUGCAAAGCUGGCUGGGCAGGGCUUUACUGCAAUGAAACCUGUCCCUUGGGAUAUUAUGGAGAAAGCUGCCAACAGGUCUGCUCCUGCCAGAAUGGAGCCGAUUGUGACAGCAUCACGGGAAAAUGCACAUGUGGACCAGGAUAUAUGGGGGAGAACUGUUCCAUUACAUGCGCAGCUGGAACCUAUGGCAUCAACUGCUCAAUGAUCUGCAACUGCAGAAACGAUGGCUCAUGCUCCCCGGUGGACGGUUCCUGCUUUUGCCGAGAAGGUUGGCAAGGAGUGGACUGUUCCAUCCCUUGUCCGAGCGGCACUUGGGGUCUCAGUUGUAACCAGACCUGCUAUUGUGCCAAUGGAGCUGCCUGCGACCCGGUGGAUGGGAUGUGCCUUUGCUCCCCUGGAUGGCAAGGGGACUUCUGUGAUGAACCAUGCCCUGAUGGGACCUACGGCCUGAAUUGCAGCGAACGCUGUGACUGCAGCCAUGCAGAUGGAUGUGAUCCUGUCACGGGAUAUUGCUGCUGUCUUGCUGGAUGGACAGGCAUCCAUUGCGAUAGCGUCUGCACCCAGGGACGCUGGGGACCCAACUGCUCCAUUGCCUGUAACUGCGAGAAUGGCGGGUACUGCUCCCCAGAGGAUGGGACCUGCGAAUGCGCGCCCGGCUACCGUGGACCCAUGUGCCAAAGAAUUUGUCCUCCGGGUUUCUAUGGGCAUCACUGCAGCCAGCCAUGCCCACAGUGCAUUCACAGCACAGUCCCUUGCCAUCACAUCACAGGACAUUGCAGUUGCCUCCCGGGGUUUUUUGGUCCGCUCUGCAACCAAGUGUGCCCAAGCGGAAGAUAUGGGAAGGACUGCACAGAAACAUGUUUGUGUACGAACAAUGGAACCUGCAAUCCGAUUGAUGGAUCUUGCCAGUGUUUCCCCGGCUGGAUAGGCAAAGACUGCUCCCAAACUUGUCCAGUUGGCUUCUGGGGUGCGGAUUGUUUCCACUCUUGCAGCUGUCACAAUGGCGCAACAUGCAGCCCUCAUGACGGCGAAUGCAGAUGCACCCCUGGCUGGACCGGUCCCUACUGCACACAGCGAUGCCCACCUGCCUUCUAUGGGAAAAACUGUGCCAACGUCUGCCAGUGCCAGAAUGGGGCGGACUGCGACCACAUUACGGGGCAAUGCACAUGCAGAACUGGGUUUACUGGGAAACAGUGUGAGCAAAAGUGUCCACCGGGAACCUUCGGUUACGGUUGCCAGCAGCUGUGCGAAUGCAUGAACAAUGCAACCUGUGACUAUGUUACAGGGACUUGUUACUGCAGCCCAGGCUUCAAGGGAAUCCGCUGUGACCAAGCGGCUCUCAUGAUGGAAGAAUUAAACCCCUAUACUAAAAUUAGUCCGGCUCUUGGAUCCGAGAGGCAUUCAGUGGGAGCAAUCAUUGGAAUUAUUAUCCUCCUGCUAAUUAUUAUGGUUUUGCUGGCACUGUUUGUGUGGUAUCGACGGAAGCAGAAGAAGGGCCAUGACAUGCCAAGCGUCUCGUACACUCCAGCCAUGCGGAUGACAAACACCGAUUACUCACUCUCCGAUGUCUCCCAAGGUAGCGGCAGCGCACACUGUUUUUCCAACCCCAGCUACCACACCUUGCCUUGCGGUGUGACGUCACGGGUCUUUCCCAGUAAUCUGGAUGGAAACCUCUCCAGGAAGCUCAGUAACAAAAUCCUUGACAGAGACACUGCAGACUGGAGAGCCUACUGCUAUCUCAAUGAUCUAGGUGCUUGUGGGAUGAAUAGACGUCAGAACACAUACAUUAUGGAAAAAGGCUUCAAAGACUAUAUGAAGGGAUCCGCCUGCAGCUCCAGCACCUGUUCCCUCAACAGCAGCGAAAACCCUUACGCCACCAUCAAAGACCCCCCCAUCUUGACAUGCAAACACCCCGAGAGCAGCUAUGUGGAAAUGAAAUCCCCCAUUCACCAGGAAUCAUCAUAUUCUGACACGCCAGCCUUGUCAACCGCUAACAGAAACAUCUAUGACGUGGAGCCCACCACGGUCAGUGUGGUCCACGAGACCCGUCCCCGCAACGCUGGCUACAUCCAAAAUCCAUACGACCUCCCCAGGAACAGUCACAUUCCCUGUCACUACGACGUCCUCCCCGUAAGACACAGCCCGACGCAUGGGACCCUUUGGGACAAGCAGUCGUAAAGGGCUGUGUGACGUCGCCCCUGUAAACAAACACACUGCUCUCGGACACCACGAACGAGGAGAUGACAAUCCGUUCUGUUUUGCUCUGCUACAUGCUGGAGAAAACAAAAAUUAAGACAAGACACACCAGACCAGAAACCUAAAUGGACACGCAUUUGGGGCCAACUUCCUUCUGCAUGAAACUCAUCAUUUUACAAGACAGUUUUUUAUACAGAUCAUAGGAAAACCAAGAAAACUCUGCAUACAAUGGGAGGGAAAGGGGAAGACGUCUGGAAGCCAUCGGUCUCCAGUUCCACACAGGCAAAAUGUGUUUUCUUCACUUUUGUUUUGCUUUUUAAAUUGGAGAGGCAUGGAGCGAAGGGAGAUCAAACUCCCUUUGCUUCACCCACUUGUAGCUGCACCUGUACUAUACUAUCGCUUGCUUCAAGAGAUCUUUUACUUUUUGAAGACAAGAUGUUCAGAAAGAUUGUUGGACUCUGUUGCGGGGUAAAGGAUGCAUGCCCAGAGCAAACCCAGGGAAAAUUGUGCUUCAGCUGUGAGCAUUAUCUGAAGAUGCUGCUGUCAUGGCUAGACUAUGUGGUUGAGCACCAUUUCAUUCCUCCGUGAGAAGCUUGAGUGUCUAGCUGCUAUUUAUGAUUGUGAGUGGAAUGUAAAAGAGGUUGGUGGGAGUCUCUGAGGAUUACAAUGGCUGCAGAAGCUUCAGAAUGAUCCUUGCUCAGAUCAAUGCAGAGCAGCAAGUGUCAAGACCCAGAGAAAGGUGGCACCCGGCUGAGAUUUCGCUUCCGUGUUCCUUGUACAUUUCUUGGUUUCUUGUGUCCUAUUGGAGCUGGUCUCCUUCAGCCCAUCUUGGAGAGAUGUGGUUGAGCCAACUGACUGACAGCGGUUCUCCUUUAGCAUCCCCACCCUGCUCUUCUCAAUUGCUCCAUGCCCUGGCUGGCUACCUAGAUGGCCACCACAGGCGACAAUCCCAAAAUGCUCAUUUGCCUCUCCUCCUCUACAAGAAAAGAUUUGCUGGACAGAGCUUAGAUACAGUAGCCCUAGCAAAAGGAAAAAGCCCCAUGUGCUGUUUCCUAUACAUCGGAAGUGAGGCUCAUCAAAGGCUUGAAGGACCAGCAAAAUGAUACACGCAGGUGAGGCAUCAGGCAACACUUGGUGCCCUCCAGAUGUUGGAGACUUCAACUCCCAAGAGCCCCAGCCAGCAUGGUCAAUGGUAAGGGUUGUAAGAUCAGUAGUUCCAAGUCAGGAGCCAAAGGUUCCCAAUCCCAGCUUUUACAACACUUCCAACCAUUGCAAGGGUACUUUAUCAUACCAAGGCCUCCCCAAAUUGGUCCAACCAGACCCAUAUUAUAGCAAUACUGGCACCUUCUUCACUCUGGUACCUACUGGGAACAUUGGCCUACAGCCCCCAUUUCGCAGGCUGAGGUUUCUGGGAGUUUCUUUCCAACAUCUCAUAGUUGAUAAAUGGUGGUAGUCUGUGAUUCUGCAUUGCUCUUUCAUGGUAGUACCUGGAGGCAGCAGGGAUUGAACCUGGGACUUUGGGGAUGAAAAGCAUAUGGUUGGUGACUGAAUUACCAAUACAGAGCCUGUUGUAAGUCAGUCUGUUGGUCCAUACAGCUCAGUAUUACCUACACCAGGAGUAUCAACUGUGUGGCCUUCCAGAGGCCGGGCUGCAACACCCAGCAUCCUAACACACAAUAAUAUCUGGAAGGCUGUAUGACUUAUCUUCACUCACCCAUCCACCCACCCACCAUUCAAUGGGUCUGCUGUAGCUGGGACUAACCAUUUGAUAGAGAGAUGAGGACUCUAUAGAUCUCCAAAUGGUGUCACACUCCAGAGGCCCAAACACAUCUGCUUGCAUCAGGCCGUUUAAACCCAUUUCCACUGUUUAGGAUUGUAAAUUGUAAUGCAUGGGAGAGAUGUAUUGAAAACUGACCAAAAUUAGGCAAGCUCAGUCCCUAAGUCGAAGCAAGAGCAUCCUUUCUCAAAGGAGACGGGGAAGAGUUAGAGGAGGAGGUCUUUCUGCCCUCUCUGUCAGACAGAGCCAGGCCAUUCCCAAGGAAGAGUCAAGGCAGGCAAGAUUUGUCCAAGGCACUGGAGGCAAUGUAAUUAUUUACAGGAAUGCUGCAUGUGUGCAUGGGGGGAAAGUGACCGAUCAGCAAUAGCCGUUUUACUUUCCAGGAAAGCCUUAUCCAAAAACAUUAAAGAAGUAGCAGAACCUUAUUUUGUAGGGCCACUAGGGAUAUAUAUUUUAAUUACAUGUAUGGGGGAGGGAGAGGGGAUGACUUACCUCAGAAUCAGUGGUGCGACAAAGUCCUCCCUCGAAGGCUUUGUAUUCAGACAGGGACAGGGUAACUUCUUGACUGUGUUCACAUCUCACUUGCAAGUUCGCAUAUUUGACUUGGAUGAAGCAAAGUCAUGCAGACUGUUGCACACCAUCAAGCGGGCUGUUGUUGUGUGUCUACAUCACAUUCUGGACUUGAAACAACAUUCAGCAUUUUCCACCGCUGCCUUGGGUAUGGUGGAAACAUACAUUGAAAACAUGGACAAGCCCCAGUCCUACUCCUUUAGCAAAGGUAUGCAAGCUUUCAAGUCAACACAGCACUCUUCCUCUGGCAACAACACAGACAGUGUGAGUCCAAAAGAGUACAUAUGUUCCACUACUGUCCGGUUUGAGACUGGGUCAGGUAGAUGACUGUCCUUUGGCUUUGAGGAAAGCUGGAUGGCCAAAAUUAAGUGGAAGAGGAAAGAAGUGUGUACUGCAUCCAGCAGGAGACAGUGAAAAAUCCAUAUUAUACAUAUAUAAAUAUAUAGAAAUAUAUAUAUAUAUAUAUAUAUAUAGCAUUCCUUUAAAAAGGGAUCUCUAGACAUUGUAAUGGCAAUACUUUUUUAAAGCAAGACAUAUUUGUAAUAUUUCUUGACCACGCAAAGAGUGGUGUACCUUGUAAAAAAUAAACUGAAUUUCUGU